CGGGUUCCAGGUUGCAUUGGGGGGCGGAGUCCCAGCAGCGAGCCUUGACUCGAAGGCUUCGGUCGGUCAUCAUGAAUCAACCAACGUCUCUGGCGGAUGAAGAGGGCUACUUCCAUGAUACCAAGUUGAGAGGGGGCUCCUUCCUGUCGUGGUUCUUUCCUGGUGGUUGUCAACAGCGCAACGCACCUGCCCUAACCGGGGGGCGCUCCCAGCCAACUCCCCCAACCUCGAGCUCCCGCCGUCUUCCACCCUCUUGUCUCUCGAUCCAUCAUCCAUCAUCCAUCAUUCGUUUACCAAACAGCUCGUUUCACAUUCGUUUACAUCUCAUCGCUCAUUAUCCACUACACAAAUCAUCACAUCGCAAGAAAUUGCACCCAAAGAUCUUCUAUAUUACCUGUCAUUUCUGACGUUUCCAAACACGAUCAACGCAAUCACAACCCAUUCGUUGAGAAACAUGUCUCAUUCUAAACCCCCUCACGAUCGCUACAUCCCAGAAUAUUUCCGCGAACCGUCGAGUGGAAACCAGACACCUCUCUCCCCCAGCACUGCCGGAGAGGGCAAUCCCCAGACCGACACUGACGAGCCUCGGGCCAGAACGCAAGAUCCUGUCCAGCCCACCGCUACGGACGAACGCUGCCCUUCGCCGAAUACCCAGUGUGACCCCGAGCGGUACGUGGUCGAGGACAGCCACGAGGAUGGAUCGGUCGGUCCGGACAAGAUUGACAUGCUCAGGGUGAAGGCAGAGAAGGAUCCGCCACUCAGGGAGGAGCUCAUUCGGCUCGCUCAGUAUCUCCAGGAAUAUAGGCCGGGUUUGCUCGACAGUACAGACGAGAUUGGGAGCAUCGAACAUGAAGCUGGACAGGAUUGGCAGUUCAGGCGCCGGCUGCUGGAGCUCAUCCGCUUGCUUGAUUCCAAGAGCAUCCUGCGGCGCAACGGCCACUGGGUGGUUCACUGCCCUCAGGGCGACAGGCGUGCCUCGGCUCCAUCCAGCAUCGAUGUUCCGCCGUCUUCAAUGCCGGCCCAGCCACGCACCAUACUCCCACCAGCCACUGGCCCGGUUGACCCUUUGUCUGAAUCGAGCUCAGCGGCAAAACAAGUUCAGGCGGAAGAAAGUGCAGACUCUCUUCAGGUUGAACCUGCGUCUGAACCGGACUCGGAGGCAAAACAAUCCCAAGCGGAAGAGAAUCCACAGCCGCCUCGAUCUAGCGAGACGGGCUCACCAACUAGGCAAGUCUCCGACAAGGAAUUCGCUUCUGAUAGCGGCAUCCAGCUGGUCUCUCAACCAGGCCAAACACAUCCAGCCCCGCAGCGAGGAGGAGGUGGUGAUGUCCGUAAGCGCAAACGGGACCCUUCACCCCCCACUGCUAGCAAGCUAUCGACAGAUCCUAGACAGACCUGUCCUCGGCCAGUCUCGUUGUCUAAUGAUCCGUUCUCGGACCCUUCAGCACCGGCACCGUCCGCUCACUCGGCUUCUACCCCUGAGGCCAUGGGCAUGGUCGACCGGUGCACGCGAGAGCCUCAGCAAGAAGAGCCCGAUUAUACCUCAUUCCCCGAGCCAGCGCCAAGUGAGACGUCCAACCAGCCCGCGUCGAAUGUCGGGGAUGAAGCGAAGGCUUCGGUGUCCACCUCGAUGAGACCACAAGGACCACGCCCAGAAUCUCUUCGCAAGAAACAACCGCCAGAUCACUCUGUGCAAACCGAUCUCCCCAGCGGCUUUUCGGAAGGGGGCCUGAUCUCGGUUCCCGAUACCCCCACGCACCCACGCUGGGGAACCUCUCCGGGUCCGAUUGAAGGCAGCCAGGGCAGCGGAAACGCUGGGCGUGAUGGCCAAUCCGGGGCCAACGGAUCCAAUGCAAGCCACUCCAGCCAUCGCUCUUCUUUCGAGAGCCCCCCAGAUGGUGUGAGACGCUACUCAAGGCCUAUCAAGGUCCAGUCACCAGAGCCCGAAGCCAAGGGACCUCCACAUUAUGCGCCUCCACGCACUACACCUCCACCUCGAUGGGAUCCUCCUCAACCCAAUGACCGAUCUGCCUCGCCACCUCCUCCUCAACUCUUCACUGGACGUCUGACCCGCGUAAAUGCUUCGGGCGAAAGAGGUCAGUCAAACGCUACCCAGCUGUGGGCGCUUCCGAUCUCGAUGUGUGCCUAUUGUCAUGGAGCCAUAGAGGAAGGGUACUUUUCUCGUCUGCAAAUACCCCCACCCGUGAGAGUUAUCGACGGUGUGCCCGAUGCCCAUCCGGAGAGAAGAAUUGAUAGAGGCGGGCGGGCAGCACAGCCAACCCAGGUGUGGGUUCGCACGGAGAUCCGCCAGCCAUUUGGGCCAUUGACGGUGAUUUGCGAAGUCUGCAACAGCUGGUUCCAUCACAGAUGCGUCGAGGCGUACAAGAACCAGGCAAAGGUGGACAGCCGCAGCGGGCUCAUGUGCCCCCGCUGCCCAGAGCCUUGGGAUCCGCAGUCGUGA